AUGUCUGAGGUCUCGAGAACAGUCAGAAUAACCACGAUCCAAAAUGUCCUCAAAGACAUUGCCCCAGUUCAAGAAGGGUUCCCAAUGCGUGGAUGGUCGAUUGAAAUCUCAAUGUUAAAUUCCAAGGGCAAAGAAGUCACUGCCAAUAUCUUUGAUAAAGUCACUUAUCAUCUCCACCCAACAUUUGUCAACCCAACCAGGGUGAUUAAAAAACCACCAUUCAAGAUCGAAGAACAAGGGUGGGGUGAAUUUGACAUGAUCAUUGCCCUUCAUCUCAUUGGGGGUGGCGAACGCAAGAUCAGCCAUGAUUUGAACUUCAAGGAAAACAAGUACAUUUCUGACCAUCCCAUCACCGUGCCAACCGUAAAACCCCAAUUGGCGCGUCUUCUUUUAGAAACCGGCCCAGUGCCUAGUUUGGAUGCUGCCGCCGUUGCUGGAUCGCCGAUUGAUAGCCCAGGUGGUGAGAAACGUAAAAGUGGGGCGGUAGCGGAAUCUAAAGCGAAGAAACCUAAAGCUAAUUCAACAAUCAGGGUCAAAGGUGGGGUGGAGCUUGAGAAGUUAGCACUUGGUUUGACCAAACUAACAGAAGAUAACUUGUUGACGGUGGUGCAAAUGAUAACCGAUAAUAGAACGCCCGACAUGAGUGUAAAGAACGAUGUGGAUGAAGGGGAGUUCACCAUAGAUUUGUACACUUUCCCUGAUGGGUUAUUGAAGAGUUUAUGGGAUUACGUAAAGAAAAACUCCAAUAUUGAGUAA